AUGGAGCGCAGCACGAGCCAGGGCCGCCCCGGCGCGUCGCGGAGCCCGUCGGUGACGCACUACCGGCAGAAGUCACGCGGCUCGAGUCGCGCGCCGUCGCCGUCGUCCUCGUUCUCGCAUUCGUACGCGCCGGCGUUUGGGCCGCGCGCGCGGAGCACGCAGACGCACGAGAGCAGCGGGGGCGGACGCGCGGACUUUCAGUCGCCGCUGGUCCGCCUCAGGCGCGCUCCCCUGCUGCAAGUGUUCGUGCCGUCGCCCGAGGGCGCGUGGCUGUCCGAUGCGAACGUGCUGGCGUGUGAGGGCGAGCUGCAGGCGGCCGGUGUGAUGCGUCUGAUGCGCGCAGGAGACGUCGUGUGGGACAUCGCGGUGGGCGACGAGGCGAACGUGGGGCGCAUGGUCUGGGACGGGUCGUAUCUGAUUGACUUGGACUACACAUGGUCCCCGAUCGGCGACGUGCCGCACUACCUGCCGACGCUGGCGUUCCCGCCGUCGUACUUCCACCGCGUAAUUCGUACGGCAGGGGCGGGGAAUCCGGUCUGCCAUAUCGACAUCUCGUCGUGGGGCGAGGAGAUCGCGAAAAACCUGAAUAUGGUGCAGGACAGGGCACGCACCGAGACGCCGCAAGGUAGCCACCAUACGGUCGUGCGGUGGAUGAGUCGAUCCAAGUUCACGAUCCGCCCGCCCGCGCCGGGCAAGCCGAUUCGCAUCCAGGUCCCGCCGAGCGUCGGUCCUGGGCCUGGACCCGGUGGCGCGUGGGUCGUGGACCCGAGCUGGUAUGGCACCGUCGUCGUCGAGACAGAGAGCACAAACGAAAGCAUUGCGGAUCUCCAGGCGCGCUGUGGCAACGCGUUCCCGCCGAGGGCGACAGGCUCGAAUGCGCGAGGGAAGAGCGAGAACAAGAAAGUGGAGGACAGGCAGGUGUUCAGGAUCUUGAGGGACAGAAGCCGUCCGGGCGAAAUUUGGAUUCGGACUGUCACUGACAAGGAGAGGCUGUUGCCCCGUUGA